GAAAUUACCUAUAUUUUAUACUGUUUCAAUGUACAGGAGAAAGGUUACUGUAAACUGUGUUACGUUGGUGCUUCUGUGAAUUAAGUUGUGGUUUCAUCAUGAGUCUUACGGUCUUAAGUGUUCUGUGUUUAUAAAAGACACGUUUAAAAUUGGUUUACUUGAACAACAACAACAAAAAAUGAGUUUAAAAAAAGUUGUUUGCUUAAAAAAAAAAAAUUUCAUGUGAAAAAUUAAAAAUUAUUCCAGAAUAAGUUUGUGUUGGCUUGUGACGCAUUGAUGUCAUUUUUUUAUUGUGGACAAUUUAGAUGUGUUUGUGUUCAGCAAAAUGUGAUCAGUUUUUCUUUUAAAGAAAAAAAAUCAGUGAAAAUAUAGUGCCAAAUUCCAAAGGUACUUUCUUCCUAGAGCUUCAGUGUGUUUCUUGUGUGAAGUAAUUUGAUAACAUGGGUAUUUUAUUAUGUGUUUUGUAUAAAUCCCUAAUAUUUAAAGAAAAAACAGAGGUUAAAAAGUUUGUUAACUUGCUAUCCUGUGGUCUUGUUGCCUGAAACUGUUAUUGUUUGUUAUUUCUCUUUGAUGUUUUUUGUAAAACAUUGUAUAAGUGCCCAUGUUUCACUUUUUUAACCACUCUGCACAUCAAUGCUGUGAAAGCAAACCUCACAAUGUAUUUUCUUCAUAAUGUAUGGAAACCUCUAAGGUGAGAAAGUUUUGAACUUUUAACCCUUUCCACCCAGAGCUGUCUUGAGUGUUAAUACCUUUUAUACAUUCACCAUUUUGCUGUUUAUUUUUAUAUAUAUAUCUAUAUAUAUAAAUAUAUAUAUAUAUACUUAGUUUUUUGUGGUUUAUUUAAUUCAUGGUUGAAAUCAAAAAAAUGCACAGGGCAGAUCUGAAGGACAAAAAAUUAUUUUACUGCUGUCUAAAUUUCUUCUGUAUCUAUAACUAAAAUUAUUUAAAACAGUAAUUAACUUGUGGUUUUCCUUUUUAGAUUUUGGGUUUUUUGUCUUAAAGAGCUUUUAAUAUGCUGCUGGAAUAUGCUAUUCAGUAUUAAUAAAAUAAAAUAAAAAAACAAUUCUUUAAUUAUCUAUUGCGUGAGCCACUCCCAGAUUGGAGUGGUUAUUCCACCAUUUGAAAACAUUGAGGAGAAAAAACAAUAUUUUUGUAAUUAAAUAAAUGAACUUUUGCUUAAAUCAGAUGCACUAGAUCUUCCUGGGUGAAAAUUCAAUGUGCACUGCAGUUAAACUACUUUUUAUGGAUAAAGUUUACAUAUGCUAUAAUGCUUGGUGUUAUCUGCCAUUAUUCAUAUUGACAAUAUAUGGGCCCAAUCCUACAGACACUCACCCAAGUAACUUUACUUGCACCAGUAAUCAAUGAGAAUAUGUAUGUCACUUAAGUGGUUGUUUGCUGGAUUGAGCCCUAUGUAAGGAACCUGAAAAAAGAUGCUGGUAGCCUUUCCACUGCCUUUUAAAUUUGACUGGAUUGCAUGUCUAGAGCACCAGUGACCAAAUUCGGUUCUUUACUCCUGGAAAAUAGAAUCCAUUGCCAAUUCAAUGCAUGUGAGCAGCAGUACCUGCUUCUGAUAACAAAGUGCCAUAUCUUCUUCCAUUAUCUAUUCCUAUUUGGUUAUAUUCAAAGCGAAUAUAAAAAAUGUAAAAUUAAAAGUGAAGCCCUAUAUGAACAGCAUAAAGACACAGGUGGUGCACUCUGUCUCUCGUCCCCAACUUUGCUUAAAUACUCAUUUUUGUAGAAGCCCUGGGAUGGAAAGGACUAGCCUCUAGUGAUGCAAAAAAGUUUCCUCCUUAUAGCACAUGCACUUAUAACUAAAUGAUCUAUAUUAUUCUCACAUGUUUUUACUACUGCUGAGGCCUUCCUACACCCUUUGAGGGCUAUUUUGUACUUCUUGCAGCAAUUUUGCUAUUCAAAGUAUCAUCACACAUUAUAUUAUAUAUAUGCAUAUAUAUAUAUAUAUAUAUAUAUAUAUAUAUAUAUAUAUAUAAUAUGAGAAUAUAAUUUGAUUUUUUUACCGUUUCACUAAUUCUUCUAAUUUUAUCCACCAUAUAAAUUUCCCUAUAUAAAAGGGUUUUUCAGAUCCCUUCAAUGCAGCAGCCCCAGUGCGAACUGCAGGUUUAGAGUCCAAUUAAAAUGUCAGAGUUAAUAUCCAAGAACCCCAACUUCUGUAAACCGGCAUAGCUUGAUAGACUUCAGAAGACACACUCACAUCCCCGCCCAUGCUUUACACCAGCUGAGGAUCUGGCCUAGCAUUUUUAGCAGGGAAUUUUUUUGUGUUUCCAGGUGACAACUAUGGGUCACUGGGGGGAAAGUUUGCCUUUACGAAUAAUAAUAACAAAAAUAAAGCUUGUACCUCCUUAGAGAUGAAUUAUCUACCAGUUCUCUUUCAAAAUAUUGAAAGGAAAAAAGCUGCAAGGGUGCAAAGGGCCUAAUAAGAAAGGAAGAAAAACAAGGGAAAUUGCUUUCCAAAAUUCUAAUCAAAAGAAGAGACUAGUAGUUUUUCAAACAAAUUAGCUAAUUGCAAUGGAAUGGCAGUCCUCAAAUGACUAACAAGUUCAUCUUUCUUUCACCAUAGGGGUUAUAGUUCCUUGGCUUGUGCUACUCUGAAAUCAUAUUACUGUUUCUGUUUUUAUUAUCUUAAGUGCUAAUUAACAAAAGGAAAAAAAACCUGUAGUUUCAUUACCUUUUGGAUAAUGUCAUACAAAAAAAACUAUGUAUUUGUGUUUUGUUUUGGGUUUGGGGUUUUUUUUUCGUGCUGUGAGAAUUGUUGUUUGUAGAUUAAUAAUACUAUUAUUUUGUUUAGAAUUACAAACUAAUUUUUAAGUAUUGUCUGAGAAAAGCCAAAGUUAAUGCAACUUAGUGGAAACUGUAAGACCAUUUGAGUAUUGUUUCUGUUUUAUUGAUGCAUUUGGAUUUUGUUGUUUGAUGGAAUUUGAGCCAAAAAAAAAAAAAGCAGGCUUUCCUAUUUCUACAACUUGAUUGUACUUAUGCAUUUUGUACCAGUGGAACUUUUUAUACUGGAGAUUAAAAAAACAAAUGGAAUUUUUUGUGGCUUACUCUGGUGGGCCCCCUGACCUUGAUUGAUUUUUGAGUUUGAUUUCUGGUUGGUAGAAAGAGAGUUGGUUUUGUUUAGAGAAUUAAAAACUUUGGCUUGAUAUAUUUUUUUUUUCCUUUUGCUUAUAUCUAGUGUUUAGAAUUUUGUCUUUAAAAAAAACAAGCGGUAAGUUUCACUUUUUAUUCUGUAUUGUGCAGUUACACAAUAAGAUAAUUAGAAUUAGGAGUACUCAGUCACUUUACGUGGAUAAAUGUAUUAGUUACAACUUUAGGGGUUUGCUUUUUUGCUGUUUAGAUCAAAGUUUUUUCUGAUUCUUCUGUCCUCAUUGUGAACAUAACCGUGUAGUUGAAACAGUCAGACUUAUUUUUGUAAUGUAUGUUAUUGUGUGAUGCAGUUUUUUGCUUCUGUCUCCAAUAUUAAACCAUUUUCCUAAUA